AUGGCUGAAGAAAAUGUUUCUAUCAGAAAUGAAUUUUCCAUUUUACAUAAAAGAUGGGAGAAUGAUACUGAAAUUGAUAUGACAAAUAAUGCAAAAGCUUGGGAAAUGAAGAAGAAGCAUAUACUUAUUUAUACAGAUGCAGGAAAACCAAUAUUUAGUAGGUAUGGAGAUGAAAUUAAAUUAGCUCCUUUCAUGGGUACAUUAACCGCUUUAUCUUCUGUAGUUGCAGAUUUAAGUGAUUCUACAGAUGAUGUUGUUUGUGAAGAUGGAAAAAUAAUUAUUUUUCAUUCAGUUGGACCUAUUGAAAUUGUUAUUGUAGCAAAAACUGGAGAAACACCACAACAAUUAAAGAUUGAAGCAGAAAUGAUUGGAAGAAAACUUUGUUCUAUUGUUCCUUAUACUACCAUUUUAUCAUUAUUUCAAAAGAAAACUUCAUAUGAUUUUAGAAGACUUAUAUUAACUGAAUAUGACCAAAUGAAAUUUCUUAUUCAUUCAAUGAAUGUUUCAACUGCUAUUUUGUAUAAUGCUGUUAGUAUUUUACCAUGUACAAUGAGAGAACAAAUAAAUGAUGUUAUUAUUAAUUUAGUAAAUACUUGUAAUGAUAAAUUAAUAAAUGACAAUGACUCAAUUGUAUUCACUUUAUUAUUUAAUGAGUUAAAUCUUAUUUAUAUCAAUCAAAGAUCUGGUUGUACUCUUUCUCCAAAAGACAUUCAUAUUUUAAUGACUUUUGUCCAAGGAUUACCUACAAUAAAUGAUAAAUGGGUUCCAAUUGGAUUAUAUGACUUUAAUCAAUCAGGACAAUUAUUUGUUUUUUGUAAAUUUUUUACAAGUAAAUUAUCAUUAGUACUUUUAGCAACAAAAAAUGAGUCAUUACCAAUAAUUAGUACUUGUGCUGAAACAAUUGAAAAUGAAAUAAUAAAUGUCCCAUUUAUCAACCAAUUGAUUAAUGGUCCUUCAGUUGAUGUUCAAUUUGAAGAAAGUUCUUCAUUAUAUCUUCAUUAUAUAUUUGUUAAAAUUGAAGGUGAUAAUGCUCAAUUACAUGAACCUGAAUUUCAAGAACCAUAUAAAUCAAGUUAUACUGAACAAAAAAGAAUUCAUAGAAUGUUUAGAACUGUCUAUGAUGAAAUGAAAAAUCAAAAUUUAAAAGAAUAUUGUAGUAAAGGUGGUGUUGAUUGUAUUUAUGCAACAUUACGUUCUGAUUAUUUCUUUUGUGGUACUUUUAAUAUUCUUCUGGAAAGAGACGAAGUUAUUAAUCGUGGAAAUAAAAUCAUUAGUUUGGUUCGUUCUAAACUUGACACUUUAUUUAUAACACCAACUAAGAAAGGAAAAUACAAAAGUUUCCUUUGGUAA